CGGCCAAACCUCUUGUUGCAGGUAUUAAACUGCUCCCCGAGAGCUUUCCUGCUGCUGCAAUCGUUGAAAAGAUACCAUUUUUUGCGACCCGCAAUUACAAAGUGGUCGAUACAACCAAGUGCUUGGAUUUUCACAAAAGCAGACAACUGGCAACAGGUGCAACUUUUUCUUUUUUCUUUCUUUACUAAAAAACACCACAUCAACAAUUUUACCAGGAGCCAGUAGGCUAUACCUUAUUUUUUAUUUCUAAUAGCCUACGCUUUACAGAAGGCCUUGUUUACAGAAGCUUUGUCCAAUUGGCAGAUUGGUGACUGGGGAGCUGGUGAAAGAGAGAGCCUGGGACACUUGUGGGCCAUGUUGACCCUGAGCUGUGCAGACACCUGGCCUGAGGGCUCUGUGGCGCUGGAGGAGGAGGUGGUGACUGCAGCUGCGCAGGCUGAGGAGCUGGAUGGGAGCAUCACCUCGAGCAGCAAUGGCUGCAGCAGCUCAGUCAGCCUGGACGACAGCCUGACCAGCCUCCAGUGGCUUCAAGAGUUCUCCAUCAUAAAUGCCAGUGGAAACCAACAGGUGCCUUUCUCCGGCCAGAACCAGCAUCCCCUCUGUGGGCAUCAGCGCCUGGUGGGCUCUGAGGCUCCGGCCUCCCCCAUGGCAGCUGACCCAGCGUCAAUGGGGAUGCCCCAUACCCCAGGAAAGCCCACGUCUGCUGCCUUUUGUAGGGGCCCCUCCUCAUCUGCCCUCCUAGGCUUGGUCACUUAUGGCCACUGCCCAGAAGAGGUGGACUACAAGACCAACCCCCAUGUUAAGCCACCUUACUCCUACGCCACCCUCAUAUGCAUGGCUAUGCAAGCCAGCAAGAAGUCCAAGAUCACCCUGUCCUGCAUCUACAAGUGGAUCACUGACAAUUUCUGCUACUUCCGCCAUGCAGAUCCCACUUGGCAGAAUUCCAUCCGACACAACCUCUCCUUGAACAAGUGUUUCAUCAAGGUCCCACGGCAGAAGGAUGAGCCAGGUAAAGGAGGCUUCUGGAAGAUUGACCCGCAGUACGCCGACCGGCUGCUGAGUGGCGCUUACAAAAAGCGCCGUCUGCCCCCGGUGCAGAUCAAUCCUGCCCUGCAGGCUAGGGUCAGGCCAGGGCUCCAGGCUCGCCCUGUGGGUUCCCUGCCAGCAGUCAGUGGACCAGGAGAGCUGUCCAUCAGCCCAGAGUCCCAGCAGCUCCUGCAAGAAUUCGAAGAGGCCACAGGGGUAGACCAGAACUGGGACCCGUGCAGUGCGGAGGGCAGCAUGUCUGGGGCCUGGUUGUCAGGGAAGGGGUGUGGCUACAAGAGGAAGCAGCCAAUGCUGCGCAGGACAUCAGUGGUGAAAGCCCCUCGGCGCUCCAGCUCCCCUUUGCUGUGUGUCGAUGAACAGAAGGAGCUGGGGUCCCUGAAGGGCGAUUUCGACUGGGACGCCCUGCUGGACUCAGAGCUGUGUGGUGAGCUGAGCCUGGACAGCACCUGCCAGCUCAGCCCCAUGGAGCGGGACGAGGACCUGACGGUGCGGGGCAGGCACAUUGGGCGCCCGCAGCAGUGGAGCCCCCUGGAGGCCUCCGCUGACAGCAGUGGCAGCCACAUCCUCUCUGAGACCCAGCAGAGCAGCUUGGACUUCGAUGAGGAGACGUUCCUGGCCACCGCAUUCUUGCAGAGCCCCUGGCCUGAAGAAGACGAGGGAGGCCUGGAUAAACGUACCGACUUUCUCUGCAACUCCGGAGUAAACUUCGACCAGCUGCUUGACCUCGGAGACUCAUUCAGUGGGGACCUCAGCAGUAAGAUUGAGUCCUUUCUUUGAGAAAAAGGCGUCCCUUCCCACUCCCUUCCAGGGAAAACUGACUUGUAAGAAAACAGAGAGGUCUAGACUGUUACACCUCUCUAUGCACAUUCUCAUUCAUUCCAGGCAUCAGCCUGCCAUCCAGAUAUUUGAGAUGGUGACUGUUCAAGUUGUCAUUUUCAGCGAACUGUCAAGUGCUGGUUCUCUUGAGAUUGAGCGCAGUUCAAAAUAUCCCAAAAAAGGUUGUACAAACAUUGAAUGCAAACUGCAUGUAGACCUGGAGUCUUACUAAUGUAUUUUCAAGAAAUCCAUUCUAAUACUGAAUGAAAGUUAGUGAAUACUUGGAUAAGGCAUUUCAGGAAAUGCACAGGGCUAGUCCUGCCUCCGAAUCAGGAUAAUGAGGUUGCCUGGUGCUCUAUAUGAAAAAGUGCACAGGGCUUUGUCUUUGUUUACUUGCUGUGUCUAAGGGUUCCAAAGUUAUUGCAGCUAUAACCAUUUGUGAGUAUCAUGAUUGUUCAUAUUCGUGUACAUGUAAUCAUCAAGUCUCAAUUACAGCAAUGACAGAAUGCAAUAUUAGAGUUUACAAAGGUUAAACCUUCUUUGUCAUGGACACUGAAAAAGAGAAAGUACUCGUAGUGCUUUCCAGAUGUUGGUUGUCACACACCAGUCUGCCUUUGGUAAGGCUGAAAAGCCAUGCUCUAUUUCUGGAAAUUCCCUGGAAGUCAGAGGGGACUGACUGAUUUAUUGUCAGGAGUGACCUGAUGAUGGGUAUCUCCUGUAUGGACCCAGAGGGGCAAGUUGGGCAAAUGAUAUCCAUGGUGAAUUAUAAUUACUUGUAUCAGUAGUAGGCUAUUAUAGUAAUAAUGACAACAAAAAAAGAAAAUGUGCCAAAUCAUUACAGUUUGAAAGUGGCUGCAUCUUUGUUUUGUUAUAUAGGUCUGCCUGCUUUCAGAAUGUAUAUCAGCAAAUGAUAAAUGGCCCUUCACUAUGCAGAAAAAAGAGGGGAAAAAAAACACGAGACAUACUAUGUUUUCACACAAACGAGUGUAAAGCACAUACAGUAGGGGUAGGUUUCAUUUCAACUUUGGGGGAGACGGGAGACUGGGAAAUAUAUCACCCCCAAUAUUUUCAUAUAAAUUAGUUGUCUGGGACAGUUAAUUCAUAUGGAAAUAUGACAUGUCUCCCUGUCUCCCCCCCAAACCUACACAUAUGGAAAGGCAGUUAUAUGGCAUAAUAUGACGUAUCUCAGGCAGUCAGCAAGUGUGUUCUUUUUGACAGGACAUGAGCAUUCAGUAAAUUAAUGACCAUUAAUAUCACUGGAUUCUUUUGGCUGAAAAAUUAAUCAAGGAUCAAAAAUAGUAAUUCCAGAAUGAUACUACAGUUGUGGAGUAUAUAUAUGU